GCUUCUGUUUAGACCACUGUGUGUGAGAAGAUCAUGGAACAACUGCAACACGGCAACGAGGGCGUUGCUGUGCUGAUACAUCAGGACAGUUUCUACAAAACUCUGGACAAAUCGAUUGACGUCUCGACAUACAACUUCGACCAUCCAGAUGCUUUCGAUCUGGAUGAGAUGAAUUGGGUGUUAAGAGAACUCUCCGAGGGCCGGUCUGUCGACUUGCCCAAGUAUAAUUUCAAGACACACUCCAGGAUGGAAGAGACAGAGCGCUUGAACCCUGCCAAGAUAAUUCUGCUUGAAGGCAUCAUGUCCUUCUACACUUCGGCACUCAGAGAGACUUACGAUAUGAAACUGUUUGUAGACUGUGACGAUGAUGAGCGAUUGGGCAGAAGAGUGCUACGGGACAUACAACAUCGCGGGCGUGAUCUGGAUGGCGUCCUUAGACAAUACAUACAAUAUGUCAAACCCUCGUUUGAGGAUUUUAUAUUACCGACGAAGAAAUAUGCCGAUGUCAUCAUCCCCAGAGGCGCCAGCAACCACGUGGCUAUUGAUUUGAUCGUGGAACACAUAAAAGAGCAAGAACAGUCACAAGGUCAGCCGAAAUUGGCGAAUGCGGCGACGCAUGUGGCGACUCCCAGACAAAGGCCCCACUAAACCGAACCAAUAAAAUUAGGAUUCU